AUGACUCCUACACCGCCAUCAACAACGUCGUCCAGCGUGGGCGCGCAUUCCCCCGAUUUCAGAGUGAUCCGCAAACGCAAUCGAGUUCCUCUGUCGUGCGCGCCUUGCCGCAAUCGUAAGCCUGAACUGUUUCAGACCCAGCAGACAUCUGACAGGGGCCACUUUAGGCUGAAAUGUAAUCGAGCUCAUCCUUGUGAGAACUGUAUCAAACGAGGCGAUGCAGCAUCCUGCAGCUACGCUCAGGCUAGCAAUCGAAAAAAGAGUUCCCCGCAACAAAAGACGCUCACCUCGCCCGAUGACAUGCAAAAUCGAAUUGACCGCCUCGAAGGGCUCGUCUUGUCGUUGAUGACCAACGGCAAUCAGGCAGCCGGCCCCGCGGCUGCUAUGGCAGCGCUUUCGGGGGAAAGUAGUGCCGGGUCAACAGGGUUGUCGAACGAAAUCGAUGUCGAUGACAUGGAAAACAGCAAUGAGGGUAAUCCGGAGGAGAGUGACACAGAGCAAGUGACUAAAUCAUUCGGAGUGAUGAAGAUGGACAGCGGCAAGUCAUAUUACCUCAGUGAAGCGCAUUGGGCGUCGAUUUUGCACGAUAUCGCCGAAGUGAGGAACUUCUUCGCCACGCAUAAAAAGCAAUUCGACGACCAGGCAGAAAAACUAGCUGCGGCAAGGCCAGCAGCUGAUGGCGUGGGUGGUUCGUCAAUUCUCUUCGGCGUCACGAAACCCUUGAGCCGCCCGGAAAUUAUGGCAGGGAUGCCAUCGAAAUAUACGACUGAUAUCCUCGUUGCUCGCUAUUUCAACAGCUACGACCCGGCGACGCAUAUCCUUCACGGACCGACAUUUCAGGCGCAAUACAACAAGCAUUGGGAUGAUCCCUCACAGACGGAGCUCGUUUGGAUUGCCAUGCUCUUUGCAAUGAUGAGAUUGUCCAUGCUUUCAUACCACCGAGAAGGGGACGAACCCCCAGAGUUUCGAGGCAAGUCUCUCGACAUGGCGACGUCAUUCCGGAACUCGGUGGUUCAAUGUUUGACUUCGGCCGACUUUACAAAACCGCAUAGGUUUCUCAUUGAAGCCCUGGUGUUCCACCUUCAUGGCGACUACUCGCAGACUCGAGACGCAGAUAUCUCGAUCUGGGUACUGACGGGAGUCAUUGCCCGCUUGGCGAUGCGAAUGGGAUACCACCGUGACUCGAAAGUGUUUCCAAACGUAACGCCUUUCCAAGGCGAAAUGCGGCGCCGGGUAUGGGCAUUUGUGCGGCAAGCAGACUUGCUGUUUUCAUUCCAGGUUGGCAUGCCAAGCAUGCUACGCACCACCGAUACCGACACGGAGCUGCCUCGGAAUCUUUACGACGACGACUUCGAUGAAGACUCACCAGAGCUACCACCAGCUCGCCAACUCAGCGAGCCGACGCCGAUUUCGUAUCUGAUCUGCAAAGCCCGUUUGUCUUAUGCCUUUGGCCGGGUCAAUGAAUAUUAUUCGGCGGUCGCUACUUCAUCGUAUGAGCAGGUCAUGGAUAUCGAUGCCGAUCUGCGACGGGCUCGCGAUCUUAUCCCUGAUCAUCUCAGCAUCAGGCCAAUGCAAGAGUGCCAACACGACCCCGUCAAUCUCAUCAUCUCACGCUAUUCCGUGAUGACCAUCUAUCAUAAAGCCCAGUGUGUGUUGCAUCGGCCCUACCUCAUUCGUGCCCGAGAAAAUCCUCGCUUCACGUAUUCCCGCCGCACCUGUAUCGAUUCUGCGCUUGAAAUCCUGGAAUAUCAAGCUGUAUUGCACACCGAGUUGGGGAAGGGACGCCUGCGGGGCCGCAAUCUCAUCUCCUCUCUCAGCUCGGCCGACUAUCUUCUUGCGGGCACAAUCGUUUGUCUUGAUCUAUACCAGAGCUUUCAACCACAAGCCUCCAGUCGUCCUUAUGGCGACACAUAUGCGUGGGGACGCGAGCGACGCGACGAAAUGCUUGCCAUCAUUCAACGCUCCAAGGAAAUCUGGGACUCACAGCGAGACGAAAGCAUGGAGGCCUUCAAGGCUCGCUCAGUCUUGGAAGUGAUGCUUACUAAGUUGCAUAGUGCAGUUCCAGGACGAGAAAACCUCUCGGGGGCGGGUGGUGCGAUGUUCGAACCGCAAGAUGAAAAGCAGAAUGCGGCAAUGACCCUUGGCUUGCUCAGCAGUGGUAUGAGCCCAAUGAACUCAGGCCCACCACCUUAUCCAGACCCCUUGUUCAAGAUGAGCGGCGAUCCGUCACUACCCGUGAGCACUGCGACGAUGCCGGGAGAAAUGCCAGGGCCGCUGUCGCCCUUCAGUAGCAUGUUUGGGUCGAUGCCCGACAUGCAGGUAAACCUCGACUGGGAUGCUUGGGAUACAUAUAUUCAAAAUCCAAAUUUCGACACAGCGAAUCAAUAUUGGCCCAUGAUGGAUGUACAACGUCAGCCAACACCUCAAGGGGUUGGAGUGAGUCAGCCCGCGAUGACGACUCCCAUGGCGUCGACAAAUCGGCCUCCUUCAAUGCUGAAUGGCCCUUCACUACAUCGCCCCUCGAAUGCCUUCUCGCCGCCGGGUCCCUCUCCGGACAGCGCCACAUCGUCGGUUCCGGGCUUUACGCCUGUAUCGUCACAGUCCGGAGCAACUGGCCGCAGCCAAGGCUCAAUUUGA